CCAGAGGGGGGGUGACCCAAUGGACCCAGACAUGGACACCAGCGGCGCAUCGGCCCACGGAUCAGCACAGGACAGAGACACAGAGCUGUUUUUCUCUGAAGAAGACAGCAGUCUGUACUUCACCUACAGCGGAGAGUGCACUGAGCUGGAGGUCAACAACCUUCAGUACGAGGUGGACACGGCCGCACAGAUCCCCUGGUACGAAAGAUUAUCAGAAUUUAAAUUACCCUGGGAGAUUAAAGGGAACAAACAGACGGCCAUAAACAAACUGAACCUGCGAGUGCGAAGUGGACAGAUGCUGGCCGUCAUCGGCAGCUCAGGCUGCGGUAAAACGUCUCUGCUGGACAUUAUAACGUGUCGAGAUGAAGGCGGGACCAUGACGUCAGGUCAGAUUCUCAUCAAUGGAAAACCCAACACGCCCCGAGUGGUGAGGAAGACCAUCGCUCACGUGCGCCAAGAUGACCGCCUCCUGCCUCAUCUGACCGUGCGCGAGACGCUGGUGUUUGUGGCCAAACUGCGGCUGCCCACCCACUUCACCAAGGCCCAGAGGGACAAGAGGGUAGAUGACGUCAUCGCGGAGCUGAGGCUGCGUCAGUGCGCCAACACCAGAGUGGGCAACGACUACGUGAGGGGCGUGUCCGGAGGAGAGAGGCGGAGAGUGAGCAUCGCUGUGCAGCUCCUGUGGAAUCCAGGCAUUUUGAUCCUGGACGAGCCGACUUCAGGCCUGGACAGUUUCACGGCUCAUAACCUGGUCAUCACUCUGUCGCGGCUGGCCCGUGGAAACCGCCUCGUGCUCCUGUCCGUGCACCAGCCGCGCUCGGACAUCUUCCAGCUGUUUGACCUCGUGGUGCUGCUGUCCUCGGGCUCUGCGGUUUACUGCGGCGCCGCACGAGACAUGGUGCCGUACUUCACCGCCCUGGGACACCCCUGCCCCCGAUACUGCAACCCCUCAGACUUUUACGUGGAUCUGAUCAGUAUCGACCGACGCAGUGCCGAGCUGGAGGCGGAGUGUUUGCAGCGAGCGCGGGUUUUAGCAGAACGCUUCAAAGAAAACGUGAAAGACACAGACGACCACAUGUGGAAACCAGACCGGGGCAGCACGUCGUCCUUCCAGGGAAACGACCACGUGAGUCCUAGUGCUGAAGGAGAAGAGCUGAUCACAAUCACAAACCGAGGAAGUGAACUCCCAGGACGACUGCACCAGUUCACGGUUCUGAUCAGGCGUCACAUGUACAACGACUACAGAGACCUGGUCACCAUUUUGGUCCACGGGUUCGAGGCCCUGCUCAUGUCUUUACUCGUCGGGUUCCUUUAUUACGGCGCCGGACCGGAGCCUCUGUCGAUCCAGGACACGGUGGCUCUGCUCUACAUGAUCGGGGCCCUUACGCCGUUCGCUGUGGUGCUGGACGUCAUAGCCAAAUGUCACACAGAGCGAGCGAUGCUGUACCACGAGCUGGAGGACGGCAUGUACGCCGUGUCGUCAUACUUCUUUGCGAAGGUUCUGGGGGAGUUGCCCGAACACUGCGUCUUCACGUUGGUUUACGGUUUGCCCAUCUAUUGGCUCGCCGGCCUGAACGCCGACCCCACGCGCUUCCUGCUCAACUUCCUCCUGGUGUGGCUCAUGGUGUACUGCAGCCGGGCCAUGGCUCUGUUUGUGGCGGCGGCUCUGCCCACGCUGCAGACCUCCGCCUUCAUGGGAAACGCUCUGUUCACCAUCUUCUACCUGACCGGGGGCUUCGUCAUCAGCAUGCAGAACAUGUGGAUCGUGGCGUCCUGGUUGUCCUACGCCUCGUUCAUGCGCUGGGGCUUCGAGGGGAUGCUCCAGGUGCAGUUCAGAGACGUCAAGUAUCUGGUGACCGUGGGGAACGUCACCUUGGAGGUCGACGGCAUGAGACUGGUGGAGAUCAUGGGCAUGAACAGUUACCCUCUGUACUCGUGUUUCCUGGUGCUGCUGGCCGUGUGUCUGGGAUUCAUGAUUCUCUACUUCAUCUGCCUCAAGUACAUCAAGCAGAAGUCGAGCCAAGACUGGUGAAAACGGAUCAGGUUUGACAGGGAAAAAAUGUAAAAAAGGCUCUUUCGACUGGUUCGAUAGACAGAGUUAACAGUUAAAGGGAAUGUUUUUAAAAAGGUAAAUUUUAAAGUCAUUUUCAUGUUUAUUGUCUCGUUCUACACAGAGAAAACAGAGACAGGAAUAUGAGACUGAGAAACAGGAAGUAAAAAUAGGUUUAAAAACAUAUGUAUAAAUGUUGAGGUGUCCCGUGCUGUGCAUGGUCUUAGUGCCUCUGACCUUUUUUUGUUUGUUUUAAAUGAAAGCUUCGACUUUAAUGAGAAAAGCAGUCUCCAUGUUGCAGUACCACUGUUUGCUACUGGAUGGCAGCAGAGUUCUGUAGGAAACACGACAGAAUUGUCUUGGAGUGAUUAGAGCAGCACAUUGGCAGAUAUCCAUCUGCAGAUUUAGCUUGUUCCAUUUUAAUCUCCUUUUUUAUAACUCUAUCUUUAUGUGUACAUAAAGAUAUUAAGCCCAACAACGAGUAAAGGAGCAGUAAAAAACCUCGUGAGCUUUAGGAAAACUGUCACAGACACUGGGACAAGUUCAGAUCAAUGAUUAUGUAAACUGUUCACUUUUGCACUGGUGCACAAGGAUCAACAAAAUACUAAAAUGUGACAAUAAAUAACAUUUAAAUCU